AUGACGCAGCUAGAACGUGAGCGAGAGGGCGACGAGUAUGCGGACAAAGAGGUAUUUGUCACACCAGCGUAUAAGGAGUUAAUGGCGGAGGUCAAGAAAGCUGAGGAGGAAGAGAAGAAAAGAGAAGAAGAACUGAAGAAGAAAAGCGGCCCGACUACCGGCAUGGCACAUUUCUAUCGAAAACUGUUGGCUGAAUCAGAACAAGUGCAUGAAGCUGCUGUAGCUGCGACGCAGAAACCUGUCAUCGGUCCUCAGGGCCCCGCCCCGAAUCUGACGAUCACAAAACCCGCCGACCUUACCCCGAUGUCAGAUUUGGAACUUGCGAAGAUCGCGAGAAUGGAGGGCAAAGAGGUUGAACUCAACGAUGACAAUCAGAUUAUCGACAAACGUGAACUUCUGUCUGCUGGAUUGAAUUUAUCUGGCACCAAUUCACGAAAUCUAAUGUUGCGAUCCACCGCGGCAACUUCAAAGUCCUCCAAUGCAGACACCGAGCCAGCGCAUCGUGCGGUGGGCACCGCUGCCAGCAAAAAGGAGAUCAAUCUGCGGCGUCAGAGGGAGAUUCACCAGCAGAUGGAGGCGGAGAGCGUCCGUGUAUCACGGGAACAGGAAAAAGCCGAACACGAAGCCUUCCAGAGGGUACUGGUGGCGAAGAGGAACAAUGAGGAAGAUGUACAAAGCGCUCGAGAACGGUACCUCCAGCGAAAACGGCAGAAACUGGAUGCUCAGGUAAAGGAAUCAGGAGAAUAG